AUGGCACACACUAAUACAAUUUAUUAUUUAAAUAGUCAAAAUGAAUUUGAUAAUGAAAUUCUUAUGUCACCAUGUUCUAUGGUUAUAGAUGACGAGGUAGAAGCAAACAGCAAUAAAAUGUCAUUAUCAUGUUUUGUAAAGCCAUUAAAACAUACAACUUCAGCUCAGUCUCGUAAGUAUAUUUAUUCUGCUACCCGUCAAAGAGAUAUGCAAUGUAUACUAGAAUUUUAUACAGAUAUGUCUCCUGACACAUUUUCAAGUGUAUCUUUAGAUAUAAGUCCAUUUUCAGAGAUAUUUGUAGAUAUACUCAGCAAUAUUGCAUAUCAAAAUGGCAAGUCUAAUUAUGUGCGAUCAUCCUCCAUGGGAAGCAAUUUAGAGGCUAGUGCAUUAAGAGAAAGAUUAAUUUAUGGCAUAUGGUGGAAAGAGUUUGGAAUUAUGGAAAACGAUAUUAUUGAAAGUAUUAGUAUUAAUGAAAAUGGCAAAAUAUUAUGUCGUGGUGUAAUUACUCUUUCUAAAAAUCAACGUAACAUAUAUCUUAUUGGAGAUAUUUGUUUUAAACCAUAUUUGAGGAAAAGGUUAAUUGCAAUUAUAGAUUUUGUCUCAAACUACGUUUUCUGCCAAAAGAUGUUUAUUCGUAUUAAGAAAGCCUCUCCUGGGUUCAAAACUUUAGUUGGUAAUCUUCUUUGGGUUGGAUUUCAGGUUGUUCCAUCGACUUUUCUUUCUUCUCAGAGUUAUCUUUUGCUCUCUAUCGAUAUACAGCCUUCCUGA